AUGUCUCUUUCUCAAUUUUUGCCCGAAACUCGCGAACGGUGGUCAUCGCGCUCGAAGAUCAUCUCGUCGAAAGGAAGACGAGGCAAGCAAAGUAAACGCUACCCCCCUCCCCUCGAUGGCGUGAUAGAAGUCGAUGUGUGGUUCGGUUCUGAUGGAGCAUGUGAUAUGUGUUUUCCAGGGUACAGCAAAACCUGCAUGCCUACUGUAAGACAGAUAAUUGACUGUCUCGUUGCUGCUCGACCCAUGCCAAUCCGAUGCGGCCCCUGCCUUACUGCUAAACGUACUAAUACUGCUACUAACAAUCGCGGUAGUAACGGCGCCAGUCGCGUUAGUAGCACGGCUAACAGCAACAACAUCAACAGCUACAUCAACAACAACAAGAAUUUACACGCCUACGAGAACAUUCAGAGCUUUAUAGCUUUUGAUACAAAGAUGUGUGAUGUACAGAUUGGUCUAAUUUACUGGUCCGAGCAAGCUACUCUUGAAAGAUGUAAGAGUUAUGAAUCUGAAUUUUCGUUUCGAACAGUUGAUAUUCUUCACGAGUGA